CUUUUCACAAUACACCCAAAACACAUCAUCUUAUUUACACUACUCAAAAUGGCCCGUACAAAACAAACCGCCAGAAAAUCAACCGGAGGAAAGGCUCCACGUAAGCAACUGGCCACAAAGGCCGCAAGAAAGUCCGCUCCGGCGACCGGAGGAGUGAAAAAACCGCACAGAUUCAGGCCGGGAACUGUGGCGUUGAGGGAGAUCAGGAAGUACCAGAAGAGCACUGAACUGUUGAUCAGGAAGCUCCCAUUUCAGAGGCUUGUGAGGGAGAUUGCUCAAGAUUUUAAAACUGAUUUGAGGUUUCAGAGCUCUGCUGUUGCUGCUCUUCAAGAGGCUUCUGAAGCUUAUCUUGUUGGGUUGUUUGAGGAUACGAAUUUGUGUGCGAUUCAUGCGAAGAGGGUUACGAUUAUGCCUAAGGAUAUGCAGCUUGCUAGGAGGAUUAGGGGUGAGAGGGCUUAGGUUUUUUUUUUGUUGGGUUUAAUGUUUUGGAAUUAUUGGAUUACAAUGAAUGAAAAAUGUUAAGUUAAUCUAUUGGAUUAACUAUUGGAUUAAUUGUUAA